AUGCCGUUCGACUUCAAGGCCUACGACGCCAAGUGCGCGGGCAUGACGGCCCUCGAGCUGCAGAAGGAGUGGGAGCACUACACGCGCCUCAUCGCCGGCGGUGCCACGUCGACCGCCAUUUCGGGCCUUGCGAUCCCCCUGACUGCAGGUGUCAGCACCAUCGGCGUCGCCCUCGCGGCGCCGGGCCUCCACAAUUCGCGCCGGAAGCGCGAGAUCAUCGAGAAGCACCUGCAACGGCUGGGCACGACACACGAGACACGCAAGCGCGAUGUGCUGGGCAGCAUGGCGUUUUCUGGGACUGUCGGCGUGGUGACGCUGGGCGUCGGCUCUGCGGGGGCCGACAGCAUCGUGCAGAACGGUGCCGAGCAUGGGAUCGCGCUGUGUGACACGGCGGUCAAGGUGGUCACGCACGUCGCGCUCGACGGGGCUGGGAUGGCACUCGAGCAUGCUCACACGAGCCACAAGAAGAAGAAGGAUGCCCACAUCGCAUUCGGCAAGGCUGGUGUCUUCCAGGCCGUGGCGGACGCAAAGGCACGAGAAGCCGGCUACUCGAUCGACCCGCAACAGCAGCAG